AUGAAGAUCGACAUCGAAGGACUCGAAGUGGUUUUCCCGUAUGAGCGCAUGUACCCGGAACAGCUCCAGUACAUGCGCGAGCUCAAGCGCGCUCUCGACGCGCAAGGCCACUGCAUGCUGGAAAUGCCCACCGGCACGGGCAAGACCGUGUCCUUGCUCGCGCUCGUGCUGGCCUAUAAACACGCGCAUUCGACCGCGGGCAAGUUGGUGUAUUGCACACGAACUGUGCCCGAAAUGGCCAAAUGUGUCGAAGAACUGAAACGACUGGUGGUGUACCGCACACAAUAUUAUGGGUCACAAGCGCAGGUGACAGCGGUGUGUCUCAGCUCGCGACGCAAUAUGUGCGUGCACUCGAGAGUCAUGGCUCAUGCUGACGGUGAGGACGUCGACGGCCAAUGCCGACAAAUGACCGCCUCUUGGGUGCGCGCCAGAGCGGCGCGAGCGGCAAAUCAAGUGCAAGACGCGCAAUCGGCCCCCGCAAUAGCCGAGACGUCGGUGGAAACGUGUUCCUUUUACGAAACGUACGACGCCAGGAGGAGCGACGACAGCGUGUUGGUACCUGGUGUGUACUCAGUCGAGGAUCUAAAGGAGCUUGGGGUGCACAAGGGCUGGUGUCCCUAUUUCCUCACGAGAUACGCUGUCACGUUUGCGGAUGUGGUGGUGUUUAAUUAUCAAUACAUGCUGGACCCCAAGGUAAGUCAGUUGGUGUCGAGGAGCUUUGAGAAAGAAAGCAUCAUCGUGUUUGACGAAGCACAUAAUAUCGACAAUGUCUGCAUUGAAGCACUGAGUGUGGACUUGGAUCGACGGGCGCUUGACAGAGCGUCGAGGAACUUGACGACGUUAUCCAAUCAGGUGAAUAAACUAAAGCAGGCAGAUAAGUCGAGGUUAGAUGCAGAGUACCGACGUCUUGUAGAAGGCCUUCGGUCGAGCAAUGCGGUGGUGGCGCCGACGUAUUCGCAUCCUGCCACGAACCACGCAAUUGACACGAGUAAUGACAUUAUGCUCGCAAAUCCUGUGCUGCCGGAUGAUGUGCUGGACGAAGCUAUUCCGGGAAAUAUUCGAAAAGCAGAGCACUUUGUAGCGUUCAUGCGUCGACUGAUCGAGUACUUGCGUCAACGCAUCCGAGUGCGGCAGGUGGAAUCCGAAACACCGCAAGCUUUUCUUCAUCACUUGCACCAGGCUAUCAGUGUGGACAUAAAACCGAUGAAGUUCUGUUACACGCGGCUUAACUCACUACUUCGCACACUGGAGGUGACAAACUUGGAGGAGUACAAUUCGUUGACGCACGUUGCAGAUUUUGCGACACUCGUAGCUACUUAUGCCGAUGGUUUCAUGCUCAUCAUCGAGCCGUUUGAUAGCGCUUCAGGUGUCCACGAUCCCGUGCUGCAGCUCUCGUGCUUGGAUGCGUCACUGGCAAUUCGACCGGUGUUUGAACGCUUUUCCAGCGUGAUUAUUACUUCUGGAACGCUGUCUCCGAUCGAUUUAUACCCACGACUGCUCAACUUUAACCCGGUGAUCCGGGAAUCGUUGCCCAUGUCCGUGUAUCGCGCGAGUAUUUGUCCAUUGGUGAUCACGCGCGGUAGCGACCAGAUGCCCGUGAGUACCAAGUUCGACCUGCGCGAUGACAUGUCUGUGGUUCGCAAUUACGGAACGCUGUUACUGGAGAUGGCGGCUUGUACUCCCGAUGGCAUGGUCUGCUUUUUUCCGUCCUAUCUCUACAUGGAGAAGAUAAUCGGUCAGUGGGACUCGCUUGGAGUGCUCAAGCGCGUUCUCUCAAGCAAGUUGCUUUUUAUUGAGACGAAGGAUAUCGUGGAGACGACUCUGGCGCUGGACAAUUACAAAAAAGCGUGCGACUGUGGACGGGGAGCAAUUUUCUUUUCCGUUGCCCGGGGCAAGGUGGCAGAAGGAAUUGAUUUCGACCGUCACUACGGACGAGCCGUGCUGCUGUUCGGCAUCCCUUUUCAGUACACGCUGUCGAACACGUUGCGUGCACGGCUCGAAUACCUUCGAUACACGCACCAGAUCCGCGAAGGUGACUUUUUGACAUUCGAUGCGUUGCGUCAAGCCGCUCAGUGCGCCGGUCGAGUUCUCCGUAGCAAGACCGACUACGGUCUCGUCAUUUUUGCCGACUCGAGAUACAACCGAGCGGACAAGCGCAAUAAGCUGCCGCCGUGGAUCACCCAGUUCCUCUUGACGUCGCACUUGAACUUGUCGGUGGACAUGGCAGUUUUCAUGGCUAAGAAAUAUCUGUCGUUAAUGGCUCAGCCGGUGGACGAAUUUACGAACGUCAAUUCCAUCUUGCUAGAUGCUGACGGUGUCUCCAAAUGGCUAGGCAAACAUCCAAAAGAAGACGAACCCGUGCAUUAA